GAACCCGUGAGGGUCAUGAGAGCUUCAACAGCUUUAAGAGGGAGCCUCUGAAUCACACACACACACACACACACCAGCGGCUCUAAGAAUCACAUCACAUCACACCGAUCAGGAGUUUGUUCAUCAUGUCUUACGGCGGAUCAGGUUCAGGCUCUCGAAGUGAAUUCAGUGUUCAUUUCUCCAGCAGACGUGGAGCAGGACUCGUCAGAGCUGAAGAGGCCGCAGGAAUCGCCUUACUGGCCGUGAUCCUCACCGCGCUGCUCAUCCUGGGCUGCUGGUAUUACCGCCGGCGGGGGGGAUACAAGACGAUCCGGAGCGGGAAAAACAGUGGUCAGUCGUGGAGAGAGAUGAUGAGAGCGGGUCAGCACAGGGAGUCUGGAUCCGGAGAAGAGAACAAAGUGGCCUUGAGCGAAUUCAUCAACCUGCAACCAGUGAUUCCCAGCGUCCCUCCGUCCUAUGAGAAGAUCACCUCCGGACCUUCACCUCCUCCUUACUCACCAUGAGUCUCAGACUUGAGGAGAAUCUGUGAAGAUCUAUAGUGUUUGUGGGAUGAACGAUCACACAGUACAAGUGAUGCUACACAGAAAGACUGGCCAUUGGUUCUUCAGCAUUCAUCUCCAAUCUUGAUCAAGUCUCAUCCGCCUGUAGCUUUCUAUUAAACCCUGGACCUUGAUGAUCUUCUUCAGCUGUGUUAGAUGAGGGUUAGAGCUGAACUCUGCAGGACUGUGUGACUCUCCAGGAACAACUACCAGAGCCCGUGGACUACAACAUAACACUACUGUGCUUUUUAAACACAAUGUCACUCAUCAGACUUGAAAUAAAGUGAAAUAUCAAUUGAAUCCAAAAAAA